CAUAAAUAUCUUCCUUUUCAAUAUUCAUUGAACUUGAACCUCCUUCUUUCUUUUCUACCAUGGCCGUGAGUCUUGGGAACCUUGCGUUAUUACUCGACAUUUCUUCACCGCGAAGCUUAACUCUCGACAGAAAACCCCGUCCCGUUGUACUAGUGGACGCGAUUCUCAAGAGAGACAUUUCUUCUUCUUCUUCUUCCGCUUCCUCGUCGUGCGGUUGUAGUUACGCAUCCGAGGGUGAGGUGCGUGGGCGCGUGGUUGUGGCGCGUGGGAAGUCGAAUUCGGAGCAGAACGGGGUGGACUUUGACGCGGAGUCGAGCGAUGAGGAGGGAGGGAUUGGGGAUGGGGAUGAGUUUGAGUUUGAGAAGAAAAUAAGGAGGAGGGUGAAAGAGUUUGAGGAGAGGAGGGAGCUUGAGAAGAAAGCUGAGGAGUUGCAAGGUAGUUUUGAGGAUGGAGGGGAAGUUACUGAGGAGGAGAAGAGGAUGAGAGUUAGGAAAGAGCUCGAAAAGGUGGCUAAAGAGCAGGCGGAGAGGAGGGCCACAGCUCAAUUGAUGUUUGAUUUGGGCCAGAAAGCAUACGGUAGAGGCAUGUAUGGACGAGCCAUUGAGUUUCUUGAAGGUGCACUCACUAUCAUACCCAGACCUACAUUAUUUGGUGGUGAGAUACAAAUAUGGCUGGCUAUGGCUUAUGAAGCCAAUAAUCGCCAUAAAGAUUGCAUUGCUCUAUACAAGCAAUUAGAAAAGUCGCAUCCUAGUAUUAGCAUCCGACGCCAAGCUGCAGAGCUUCGUUACAUUUUGCAAGCGCCAAAGCUCAAGAUAACCCAAGAGGAGAUGGUGACUAUACCCUUGAUUGGUUCCAGUUAUGACAGUUAUGCGGGAACAUGGAGCGACAAAAACAAGGAUCGAAAGAAUGGAUCAGUGAACAAUCCUUUUCCAUCAUCUAGAGAUAACCUUUUGGACUUUCUUGUGUGGAGACCUCCUGCUGGAUUAGGGAAAAAUCGAGCUUUCUGGGUCGGUUUGACAAUAUGGUUGGGAUUAGUUGGUGCUGCUCUCUUCAUUCAAAGAUGAACUACACUUGCAUACAAGAGUUCCAGUUCUCCAAUUUAUGAUGAUGAUGAUUCUAAUUUGGUGUUAUAAUUUUUCAUUUUAGUUCAUAGUGUAUAUAGUCCAUGUUGUAAAAUUAUUGUAUGUAAACAAAUAGAAAAUAUAUGUUAUUUUAUUAUAUUUUCUUGUUAGGAUGUUCUCUUGAAAUUACAAGAUUGUAAGCUCAAAUCUAAUUGUUAUGGUUGUAUAUUCAAAAAAAAGAAAAGAAGACUGUUGAAAAUUACAAAGAUGUAUGGUAGUUCUAUUAACUGUGUGUUUC